GCAUACAAGUCAUGCAAGUUUCUCUCCACCACUCCAUUUGGUAAAAGCAAGUCUUUGCAUGGGACCCAAAAAAGUGGGUGUAAUAUUGUGCGAAAUAACAAACAAACCAAGUGAACCAUUUUUUUGUGGAUUAAGUUUAUGUAUGGAAUUCUGAUCCGCCGCAAUGCCGAGUCUAGGAUUAAAGAAGAAAGAGAAUCUCUGUAAGAUGGACAAACUAGCUGAGGGCGUGCCACAGCUGAGCAAUGAGAUGCAGCUGAGCAUCAUGAACAGGGUGAAGAAUGGAGAGCUGUCUAUCGACGAUGCGCUGAACCAGGCCAGGAGGGACAGAGUCAACCUCCUGAAACAGCAGAGCCUUUCCACUGAAGAGCAGCUGCCUUCACAACACAACUUCAGCGUUCACAAGUACAACCGUUACAGAUGGCAGAAGCGUAUUCUUCAGAUUGAUUUCAAGACCAAAAUGCUGUGCAGCAUAGAGAGGGGCAUCAUCAAGCGCCAACUGCCCUUCUCUACCGUCAAGAGUUGUGAUGAUGGAGUGGGCUCAAAGUUCUCCAUUUCCUUUAAAGAGCAUCAUGAUUAUGAGCUUGAGGCCACAUCUCUGGAGGACAAACACAAGAUUAUGCAGCUGGUGAAUCAGAUAAUUUAUGGGAAUAUAUACAACAACCCUGAAGAGGAUGAUGCAGAAGUGAGCCACAGCUCUCCAGAGUCACGUAGCCUUCGGGAGGGCACGUUGUUACUGCACAGAGGAGGCCUGGCAUCAUUCAAAUGGGUGAAAUAUGAAGCACAGCUGCAUCCUGGCCAGUUGACACUGUUUGCUGUCAGGCACCGAAUCCCAGCAGACGGCGAGGGGGCGUCUCUGGAGCCUGUCUCCAUUGUGAUUCACUUGUCACAUGGUGACACCCAUGUGCAGAAACUCCACGCCACUGACACUUUCACUUUGACCACCCACAAAAACGAUUACCAGUUCAGGGUGCCCAUACCCGAUCCAGUGUCCAUUUCCAAUACCGUGCAGGAGGAGCGGGAUGCCUGGGUCCAAGCCAUUAGCAAGCUGUGUUCGGAGUGGAAGAGGAAAUCCAAGUGUGAUCAGUUCUUUGGGGAGCAAGAAACCUUACGACCUGUCAGCAUACCCGAAGACGCAGAGGACGAUAGCGCAGAUCUUGAAUCGAGCGGUGGAUUUGAAGGCUUUGCUUACCCUUUACCUGACUACACAACAGAAGAUCCCACUUCCACCAGUCCCACAAGCCAAACUCCACCUUUAACCGGUUUUUCAAAGCCUGUCCCCAAACCUAGGACUCCAAAGACGGCUAUCCAAGUUCAUGAUGUUCUGGAGCCCAACUCAUCUUCGACCUCUACCACUCCCAUUGCCCCAUCAUCAUCAUCCCCGCCCUCCCCUCCAUCCUCAUCUGGCUCUGUUGACUUGAAGGUUUCUUCCAUGACACCAGGUUCUCCAGUUGAAAAAAGGCCUCCACCUAUGAUCGUCCCAGCUCCUCCACCAUUACCCCUGAGGUUGAAGAGAUCUUUAAAAAAACCUCGCACCAAGGCGUUCCACUGGGAUGUCAUUGGCUCUGACAAGAUCGCAAAGUCAUUUUGGCUGCAAGAAGGCACCAGGAAGACUGACAUUGACACGUCCCGAUUGCUCGAGCAGUUUGGCAUGAAAGAUGUGGUGACUUUCGGCACUGCUGAGCCCAGCAAUGCCCAAAACAUAAAGCUCAACCAGAAGAUCGCUCACAACUUCAACAUUUUCCUCAAAAGUUUUCCGGUACAGCCGUGGGAGCUGAAGGACAAACUGUUCAUCAUUGAUGAGAAAGACGGAGGUCUGUCUGAUGAGCACAUCGCCUCUUUGAGAAGGUAUGUCCCCACCAUGGAUGAUGUGGAAAUGUACAAAUCCCAUAAAGGACCUGUUACAGAGCUUCACAUAGUGGAUCAGUACAUGAUGGAGAUGUGCAAUGUGCCCUACCUGAGCGCACAACUUGACCUGCUUCUGGCUUUGAGAGAGCUUCCCAGCAGCAUGAACGACCUGCAGCCGCUGAUUAACCAGAAGAUGAGAAUGUGCACGCAGCUGGACGAGUGCAGGUCGUUCGCCUCUGUGCUGCAGUACCUCCUCGCCAUUGGUAAUUAUCUCAACGAGAACGCCGGGAAGGAAAAGGCCAUGGGAUUUCGCCUCUCCUCCUUAACCAAACUCUCCCAGCUACGUGGCAAAAACAUGAAGUUCACCUUACUCCAUGCACUUGUGGAGCAGAUCAUGUUGCAUGAGCCCUGCUUGGCCUCGUUUACCCAGGAGUUGGCAGAAUUUGAAACUGUCCCUGGAGCUUCCAUCAAAGGCUUGAUCGCAGAAGUUGAUGUGCUGAAGAACGAGCUGCAGAAAGUCAAACAGUUUAAAAAAGCAUCCAAGAAAAGAAGUGGUGGAGCUCGUCACUCCACUUUUCAAAAAGACUUGGAGAUGGUGGUUGAGAGGUACAAAGUAGAUUUGGCUUCGCUGACGAAGAAAUGUGAUGAAAUGAAGAAACUCUACUCUGCCAUCUUGGUUCAAUUUGGUGAGCCGGCAGAUCAAGACUCCAAGGAGUUCUUCGGGGUGAUCAGUCAGUUCCUCCACGACUUCAGGAGAGCCCACGCUGAAGCUGUAUGAGUUACACUUCGAUCGUACUUUUAAUCCAAUAAUGAGGAUUCUGUUGUCUCAGGUGGACACCAAGUUUCAGAGACAUCUUAAAUGUUCAUUUUUCUCUACGUGGGUGAGAAAUCCUACCAUGGGGAGGCGUCCCAGCAGACUCAUGGAGGAAGAAGGCAGAGCUGAGUCAGGGUCAGAGUCCACUAUUAAAGAAAGACUGUCAUUCUCCUGAACUCAAUCUCUGACUUUUGGAAGGGUUGAAAAGGUUGGAUUCUAAAACAUGGACCGGUUUAGAUGAGCUAACAAACCUGUAUUUUUAUUUUUUUUUUAAUCGCAGCCCCUGUUAUGGCAGGCCCUAUUACAAAGAUUUAUCAUCUUUCCCUUCAGACUGCUGAAAUCCUUCAUGCUCGAAAAUCUGAUGUGGUGUAUCCCCUCUUUAAAGGUGGAGAUUGGUCUGAUCCCAACUGCUACAGACCAAUUUCAAUUCUCCCUUGUCUGGAAAGAAUUGUAAAUCAUCAACUGACAAAUUACCCGGAAAGCCACAGUAUUUUACCUUCUGACCAAUCAGGUUUCAGAUCUGGUUAUGGGCGCACAACAGCAACCCUUAAAGUUCUUAAUGACAUUACUUCUGCCUUAGAUUUAAAGUUGAAGUACUCAGCAAUUUUUUAUCGAUUUAGCUAGAGCAUCCAACUCUGUUAAUCGCUCCUGUCUUAUUGAUUGGUUUUGUGAUAUUUGUCUCUGAAAACCCACAUCUAUGGUUCCCAAACUAUCUCAGUGAAAGAAAGCAAUGUGUUAAAUCAGAACAAAAUCUUUCUCAUCCCCUUCGUGUCACCACUGGCAUACCACAAGGUUCUAUCAUUGGGCCCACUCUUUUCUCCAUAUAUAUCAAUCACAGGUGAUUUCUAUGCUGAUGACAGUUUUUUCACUCCGUCUGCGCCUCCCUGGACUCAGUGGGAAAACAGCUUCAACAUCCACCUUUUCCUCUCUAGACUGCAUCUACAUUUAAAUGUUACCAAAACAUAAAUCAUGUGGUUUGGUAAGAAAGAACAUCCACCAUUAAAUACCCCUACUAUCUCCAUGCUUGAUGGGACACCUCUAGAAUAGGUUAUCGAGUACAAAUAUUUUGGAAUCUGUCUAAAUAAUACUUGGUCCUUCUUAACACACAUUGGCUGUUUGGAGUUGAAGGUUAAAUCAAAAAUAGGCGUUUUCUAUGGAAUGCGCUCUUCCCUCACCUUCUCUGCAAGACAUGCUUUGGUUCAAACAGCUGGUUGGUGAUGUUAUUUACAGAUCGGUUUGUAAUCAUCUGCUGGAAAAGUUGGAACCUCUCUAUCACACUGCUAUUAGAUUUAUAACAAAUGGUUCCUUUAAAACUCACCACUCUUUACUCAUCGGUAAAUUGGACAUCAUUAUUCACUCGUCAAAAAAUUUAUUGGCUACUGUCAAUUUACAAACUCUGCUUGGUCUUUCUCCACCUUAUCAGAGCCAGCUUUUGCAUACCUCGCCCCCGGAUACAAUACCCGCUCUGCUAAACUGAUCUUUUUAACAGUGCCGAAAUCAAAAUCCUUACUUGGUUCUCUGUCUUUUCAAUCUGAUGCAGCCACAGACUGGAAUGAUUUAUUAAAAAACUUUCAGAUUGGACACUUUUAUUUCACAAUUAGAUUUUAAAACCCAUCAGAAUGACCAUUUUAAAGAUAAAUGCUGGCUUCACACAGUGCAAUGAUUUUAGGGUUUUAUUUUUUUUAGAUUGUGUUUUUUUCUUCCGAUUAUAUUUAUUUUUUCCUGUUCUUGUAACCUGUUUACUGCCUUUCUCAAAAGGUCUUUCCUGGUGCCAGGCCAGUUGUAAAUAAGAAUGUCAUUCCUAAUCUGUCUUGCCUGGAAAAAAAAAGGUGAAAUAAAAAGAAAUAAAAACAGAUCUAAGGCUACAA